ACCGAAGCAUUCCAACGACCGUUGUCCCGUCGGAUAUAAAUUUCCAAGUGAGAAUGUUUUCGUAGCUUUCCCUCAAAAUCUGCCGCAACAACUCUUCAUAAACAGGACAUCCAAAAGGAAGAGGAGAUGUUUAAAUCGGUGUUGUGCGCCCUGCUCGGUCUGGGGCUGAUCAGUGCCUUCCCUGCCCCGGAGGAAGAGGAGGCAGACGGGGGUAAACACUGGGUGGUGAUCGUAGCAGGGUCCAACGGCUGGUACAACUACAGACAUCAGGCUGAUGCGUGCCAUGCCUAUCAGAUAGUCCACAAGAAUGGUAUCCCCGAUGAAAACAUUAUAGUUAUGAUGUAUGAUGACUUGGCACAAAAUGAAGCUAACCCCACACCAGGAGAAAUCAUCAACAGGCCCAAUGGCACAGAUGUCUAUAAAGGAGUGCCCAAAGACUACACUGGAGAGGAUGUGACUCCUAAGAACUUCCUGGCCGUGUUAAAGGGUGACUCUGCAAGUGUGAAAGGAGGAUCUGGAAAAGUGCUGAAGAGUGGCCCCAAAGACCAUGUGUUUGUUUACUUCACUGAUCAUGGCGCUCCUGGCAUCCUGGCUUUUCCCAGUGACGACCUUGCAGUAGAUGACCUCCAAGCAGCCAUCAAGUACAUGCAUGAGAACAAGAUGUACAAACGGAUGGUGUUUUACAUUGAAGCCUGUGAGUCUGGAUCAAUGAUGACUCUACUACCCGAGGAUAUCGAUGUGUUUGCCACCACUGCAGCCAAUGACCACGAGUCGUCCUACGCCUGUUACUAUGACGAGAAAAGGGACACGUACCUGGGUGACUGGUACAGCGUCAACUGGAUGGAGGACUCUGACGCAGAAGACUUGACUAAAGAGACAUUGCAGAGGCAGUUCAAAGUUGUGAAGAAACACACAAAUACCAGUCAUGUCCAGGAGUUCGGCAACAUGACUAUGUCCCACAUGAAGGUGAUCCAGUUUCAGGGUGGUCCCAAAGCUGCAUCUCGACCUGCCCCCCUUCCUCGGGCCCCCAUCUCCAACCGCGACCUCACCCCGAGUCCAGACGUCCCACUGGCCAUCCUGAAGAGGAAGAUGAUGGCUUCAAAUGACAUUAGGGAGACACGGGGGCUUCUCAUGGAGAUAAACAUACAUCUCAAGAUCAGGCAGAUUUUGGCAGACAACAUGUUCCAGAUUGCUCACACUGUGACGGGAGACAAACUCAAAGCUGAAGAGAUCAUCAACAGCAGAACUCCUCUGACCCAACAUCAGUGCUACAAGAAAGCACUUUACCACUACAGGGACAACUGCUUCAACUGGCACAAGACUCAGUAUGAAUACGCUCUGAGACACCUGUACGCUCUGGUGAACAUGUGUGAGAGGGGGUUCUCUGCUGAAAGCAUCCUGCAGGCUAUGAACUCUGUGUGCCUCCAGCAAUUCUAAAAGCAUCUGCCUGUCCUUCAUCAGGGAAAGAUAGGACAACAUUUUGCACUGCUGAACUACCAAUCGAAACAAGUGUCGUCAUGAGUGCACUCUUUUAUUUGUUGACGUUUGAAUUGAUUUUACUUUAUUUUUUUAACUGGUUUUAUGACGAGCUGCACUUUCACUGUGAAUGAUAUGGGUAAUUUUUAUAUUUUCUAAUUAUGUUUUUAGAUUGCUGACAUAUUAUUGCUCAAAGCUUUAUGGCCUGGUGUGACUGUUGAUGUUAUGAAGGAGGAAGGAGGAAAUACAAACUGAAUGUUAUCUCAACUUCAGAGGACUUGUCAGAGGGAUCAUGAAUAAAAUUUGACAAGCU